AUGGAACAACAACUCAUGACCAUUGAAGUGGCCAAGAAACUCAUCGCUGCUGAAGACAAGAUGCAAACAUUACGCAAGUCCAUAGACACACGGUAUGGUGGCGCUAGAAUUGGGUUGAACAUCGACGACGAUAUAAUCUCAAUGCUGGACCCAAAACGUAAAGCCCUCGAGAAGGUCUGGCAGCUGAACCUUGCAAGGGCAAGGUAUUUGGUGGCACAACCACAAGAGACAGUGAUGAUCGCAUCGGUGGAGUCGGAAGCGGAGCGCAACAAGGCCAAGGCGGAAGAUCCACGAAUGUCGCUUGAAAUGGCCCAUGGGUUCAUCGCUGAAGAACACAAUGUUGAAGCAGCGAAAAAUGCCUUGGUCCGAAGAUACGGUGUCGUUGCCAGAGAUAGGUACGGUGAAGCAACUUCGAGGCUGAGUCCAAAAUAUCGAGCUCUUGAGAUAGUCAGGCGGCAAAACGUUAAGAAUGCGAGAUGUUUGGUGGCACAUCCGCAGGAGACUGUAAUGGUGUCAACGAUAGAGUCUGAGACGGAUACGGAGGAGAAAAGGAUAUUGUUUAAUAAGCUUUGCCAGGGAUUUUGGCUUUCAGCGCAGAUGGAUAUCAGAGCAAGUGGGAAUUUCUGA